CCCAGCAGCCGUCGCCGCCGCCACAGCAGCCGCCGCCGCCGCCGCAGCCGCCGCAGCAGCAGCCGCCGCCCCAGGCCCCCCCCAUGGAGCCCGAGGCCCCGGAUUCCCGCAAGCGGCCCCUCGAGACGCCCCCCGAGGUGGUCUGUACCAAGCGCAGCAACACGGGAGAGGAAGGCGAAUACUUCCUGAAGGUGCUCAUCCCCAGCUACGCGGCAGGCUCCAUCAUCGGCAAGGGUGGCCAGACGAUCGUGCAGCUGCAGAAGGAGACUGGAGCCACUAUCAAAUUGUCCAAGUCCAAAGAUUUCUACCCUGGAACCACAGAGCGGGUGUGCCUAGUACAGGGCACGGCAGAGGCCUUGAAUGCUGUGCACAGCUUUAUUGCCGAGAAAGUCCGAGAAAUCCCUCAAGCGAUGACCAAGCCUGAGGUGGUCAACAUCCUUCAACCCCAAACCACGAUGAACCCCGACAGAGCCAAGCAGGCCAAGCUGAUCGUCCCCAACAGCACGGCCGGGCUGAUCAUCGGCAAGGGCGGCGCCACGGUGAAGGCGGUGAUGGAGCAGUCGGGCGCCUGGGUGCAGCUGUCGCAGAAGCCGGAGGGCAUCAACCUGCAGGAGCGCGUGGUGACGGUCAGCGGCGAGCCCGAGCAGGUGCACAAGGCCGUGAGCGCCAUCGUGCAGAAGGUACAGGAAGACCCACAGAGCAGCAGCUGCCUCAACAUCAGCUACGCCAACGUGGCGGGGCCCGUGGCCAACUCCAACCCCACCGGCUCGCCCUACGCCAGCCCCGCCGACGUGCUGCCCGCCGCGGCCGCCGCCGCCGCCUCGGCCGCCGCCGCGUCGGGGCUGCUGGGCCCCGCGGGGCUGGCGGGCGUGGGCGCCUUCCCCGCCGCGCUGCCCGCCUUCUCGGGCACCGACCUGCUGGCCAUCAGCACGGCGCUCAACACGCUGGCCAGCUACGGCUACAACACCAACUCGCUGGGGCUGGGGCUCAACUCGGCCGCCGCCUCGGGCGUGCUGGCCGCCGUGGCCGCGGGCGCCAACCCCGCCGCCGCCGCGGCCGCCAACCUGCUGGCGUCGUACGCGGGCGAGGCCGGGGCCGGGCCCGCCGCGGGCGCCGCCCCGCCGCCGCCGCCGCCGCCCCCGCCGCCGCCCGGCGCGCUCGGCUCCUUCGCGCUGGCCGCCGCCGCCAACGGCUACCUGGGCGGCGCGGGGCCCGGGGCCGCGGCGGGCGCGGGGGGCGGCCCGCUGGUGGCCGCCGCCGCUGCCGCCGCCGCCGCCGCAGGGGCGGCCGCCGGGGGCUUCCUGACGGCGGAGAAGCUGGCGGCCGAGAGUGCCAAGGAGCUGGUGGAGAUCGCCGUCCCCGAGAACCUAGUGGGCGCCAUCCUGGGCAAGGGGGGCAAGACGCUGGUGGAGUACCAGGAGCUGACGGGCGCCCGCAUCCAGAUCUCCAAGAAGGGCGAGUUCCUCCCCGGCACGCGGAACCGGAGGGUCACCAUCACGGGCAGCCCCGCGGCCACGCAAGCCGCUCAAUACCUCAUCAGCCAGCGGGUCACCUACGAGCAGGGGGUGAGGGCCUCCAACCCCCAGAAAGUAGGAUGAGGCCUGGGGUGGGGGGGGCGCGCCUCCGCUCCUUCCUCCCCCCUUGCGCCUCCUCCUGGACCUCCUUCCUGCUCCUCUCGCUCCUCCUCCUCCUCUUCCUCCUCCUCCCCUCCUUCAGCUUGGGGUGCUCCUGCUCGCUUUCCGGAGUGGGGGCUGGGGGAGGUCCGACUGCACCCCUCCCCCCUCUGGUAGUCAUAGGCAGGCUUGAGUGGUGUUGGGGGAAGGGGCUCAGAAGCCCCUUCCCCAGCUCUGAAUUGGCCCCUCCUCUAUCCCUCCCUCCCUCCCUCUGCCCUUCCCUCCCUCCCUGUGCUUUGGCUGGGCCUGACCCUCCUACCCAGGGCCCAGGUCUGUGUGAUAUCUGUAUAUAUGGCAUUUUGCUCAUUUUAAUAGAAAACAAAGCGUUAUUUUCUCUUUCUUUCCCUCCUUUUUUUCUCUCCUACCCUCCCCUUUAUUCUUUGUUUCUUCCUUUUUCUCUUCUCCACCUCUGCCCCCAACCUCUGUAAGGAUUUUUUUUCUUCUUCUCUCUUUAUAAGUUUUAGUUUCUAUUUGGGAGGAAGGGAGGGAACCUUUGGGUCACCAGGAAUGAGGGGCCUCCCCAAAACACAGCACCCCCCUCGCCUUUCUGCUUUCAGUUCCAAAUUCCUGGGAAGGGACAGGACCUCGAGGUAGCCCAGGAGUCUGAGCCGAAAUGGGGGCCUUUGGAGCAGGGACCUGGGGUUCUCAGGCUUCCUCAGCUCCUCUGCCUGCACCCCUCCACUGGAGUGGCCCUGUCUGGGUGGAAUGUCCACUCUUCUGUUGAAUGGGAGCAGGGACACAGGCCCCCUGGGAAUGAGGCCAGCUCUGGGGUUGGGCCAGUCCUGUGAGAGCAGGACUCCUGUGACUGGUUAGAGCCACGUGCUUUUCUUAGAGUAGUGAGACUAUGUGGGAGGGGGUCUCUGUUGUGAUGUCACUAAGUCAAGUAGUUUCUGGGGGGUUGCUCAGGGCACUCCUUAUAAUGUCAUAGGAACUACUUCCCUGGAGGUCACUUCCCGAGAAAAAUGAGAGUAGCACCUCCAGGGGAGUCUCAAUGAGCACUUCCUUGAAAGUCACUGAAGUGAGCCAUGGGGGGGUAUAUACUUCCUAUGGAGUCUUGAGGUCACUUCCUGUGAGAUCACAGGGAAGAACCAUGCACUUCCUGUAUUGGACAGUGAUCAGUCCCCACCCCUCCUCCACCCAUGCUCUUUAGUGGGUGUUGCCCUGGGAGUUUUCCUAGGAAGAUAAUAAGUGGGAUUUGGAUCUUAUGUAACGAUGCUAAGUGAGAAAGAAACCCCAAACCGUCAAGGCCAUCUCCAUGCAAACAUGCCAAGUCUGUGGACUCGCUCUGGCAGGCAGGGAUGGGAACUGGAGCUGGUGGAAACAAUCGUUACAGACCACCCUCCAUUCCCACCCCACCCUCCUUUUGUGUGCAUGCCUGUGUCUGUGUGGCUUUGUGUCAUUGACUUUGAUGAGCCCAGUAUGUGUGGCUCUGUCAGGCCUGUGUGAGCUGGUGUAGAGUUAAGUGUGCCAUGGUAGGCUCUCUGGGGCUGGAAUGUGAUCUACUGGAUUAGAGUGGCUUGGCUUGGUGAUGCCCAGUGAGCUAGCAUACUUCGGUGGUGUCUGAUGGCUCAGAAUGUUUUGGCGUGGUCACCUUGCAGCUCUGACCAACAAGAAUAUUUUGAUGGAGUCUUGACAAGCUAGUUGGCCUUGAGAGUUGUUUUGGGAAUGGUUCCCUUGGGAACCAAGGCUAUGGUCAGCGCUAAGGACUGUCGGUCCACCAAGAUGUUUGGGCCUACAUCCAUGUAGACUAGGUUAGCCGGGACCACCUCUUCUCCCUUCAUCUCCCCCUUCCCCGUGGAGACCACCUGCCCUUUCUCCAACCCACAGCAGGGUCCUCAGUGCUCUGGUUGUGUCAUCAGCAUCUCUGGGGUAGGGGCAUCCCAUGCCCACCCUCUCCCCCAACUGUCUCCUUCCUAGGUCUUCCGGACCCUUUUCUCCAUGGCGUUGGGGGAAUCUGGCCUCCCAUAUCUCUUCUUUUUUUAAAAAAAAUAAUAAUAAUAAAGGAGGGAAGAAAAGCGCCAGAGAGACAAUUCCUAGCCCUAAAGCUUGGGAGGCCCCAACUCCUAGCUGGAGAGCCACCCCAAAAUCAAAAUGUGAAAACCCCUAGAAAGCAAUAGCCCUUGUACCUUGCACUGAAUUAUCCACUUGGGCCUGUCAUCUGUAGGGUGAGGGGCAGGCCCCAUUUCCAUCACCCCCAUCUCGCACCUCUUAUUGCUGCUGCCCCCACCCCAAUCUCCAGACUGAGCCCAGAUGGAGAUCUCAGUGCCAAAAUAAUUCUUGAUAUAACUUUGUACAUAUCUUACACAGUUGGGGGGAGCUGUUGGGGUAGGAGAUGAGGGUGUCUCGGUGGGCUAUUGCUCCCUUCCACCUCUCUUAACACCUUACAGUGUUUCAUAGCAUCUCCUCUUGCAUGUGGUAUUACAGAAUCUAGCUGGACUAUCUCCCUCCAGCUGGCCUCAGGCCCCAGGAGAAGGGAAAGGAGCCAGGGAGAGGGGAGAUAAGGUCUGAGAGCUGGGAUUUAAGGAGCUCAUUUACAUAUCAUUUGCAUCUUCCGCUUGGCAUCUCGCUUUCUCUAAGCCCAUUCCUUGGAUCCCAGUCAGUUGGGUCCAGAAUUCCUGUCAUACAGACACGGCUCUGGAGGCUGGGCCUCCUUGAACGUACUCCCUUAGAGGUCUGUGUGACGAUCCCCUCCUUAUUCACGUUUCUUGGGGACCUGCUACCCCACCAGCCAGGGUUAUCUGAAAGGUAGUUUGCUAGCUUCCUGAGCUAGCUCACUCACCACAAACCUUUCUGCAUUUUUGCCCUGGGAAACUCACUUUACCAUCAUCCCUGCCAUUCCUUCAAAGUCCCUUCUGCAAUCUGACCUCAAUCUUUUGUGCUGCAGUUUGUCUAGAGGGGACACAGAUGUGUCUCAAGGUUGGGACAAUUGAAAAAAAAAAUCA